AGACGGCGAGGACCUGUUCGGGGGUCGUCGUGCUCCCACCUCAUCCGAACGAACGCCGCAGCAAAAAUCCCGACGAUAUUUUCCCCCUCCCCACCAAACCCCAGCGGCCCCAAAAUUUUUAGGGUUUGUUAAUCUUCUCCCCGUGCGCCGAUCCAUCAGGUUGCUUAACAGAAUUGAAGUGAAAUCCAGUAUACAUACGAAUAACCAAGAGUUUCUUCUGGAACUUCCUCUGAAGGAUACAGGGGAAGUUGUGGAGUUCUCUCCAGCAGGUUUCUCUAACAUUCUGAUGGAUGGGGGAUCCAAGAGCAUUGAGAAAUUAUCAUGUGAGCACAUGUACUCCUGGUACUUCACCAAGGAAGAAUUGGAGAAGCUCUCUCCAUCAAGAAAAGAUGGUAUCACUGAAAGCAAAGAGUCAGAGAUUCGGCACUUAUGCUGUUCAUUUAUUCGGGAUGUUGGCAUUAGACUGAAAAUACCUCAGAUGACUAUAGCAACAGCAAUAAUGUUUUGCCAUCGCUUCUAUCUACACCAGUCCCUGGCCAAAAACGGAUGGCAGACAAUUGCAACAGUAUGUGUAUUUCUUGCAUCAAAAGUUGAAGACACACCUUGUCCUCUGGACCUGGUAACGAGAGUAGCAUAUGAAACAAUGUAUAGGAAGGACCCAGCUACGGCUCGAAGAAUUCAACAAAAGGAUGUUUUUGAGAAGCAUAAAGCACUCAUUUUGAUCGGAGAAAGAUUGCUUCUUAAGACUAUACGGUUUGAUUUCAACAUUCAACAUCCUUAUAGACCGCUUCUAGAUGCUAUGAAAAAUCUUGGGAUCACUCAGAAGGAAGUAAAACAGGUGGCAUGGAACUUUGUGAAUGAUUGGCUUAAAACAACACUGUGCCUCCAAUAUAAGCCCCAGUACAUAGCUGCUGGUUCGCUCUACUUGGCUGCGAAACUUCACGAUGUGAAGCUUCCUUUGCAUGGGGCACAUGUGUGGUGGCACCAAUUUGAUGUUGCCCCAAAGCCUUUGGAAGCUGUCAUUCAGCACAUGAUGGAGCUGGUUGGCUUGAAAAAAAUGCUGCUUGCUCGUGCCAGUCCAGUUAAGCAAAAGGAAGCUCCGUCUGAAGCAAAGCUGCUCAUAUCUAACAGCCCGGACUCUGUGUUGAAUGUAUCUAGCUUGUCUACAAGCAGCACAAGUCCUGAUAUUGGCGAGCCAUGUGACAACCUGAAGGUGGAUUCGAACCAAUACAUGAUAAGCGGGCAUACUGGCGAUUGCAGGGUCUCUCAGACUGCUGGGACUAUAUUGAAUGUUAGUGCCAACAGUCCUCGUAAAUGUCAUAAGGGAGAGAGGUUGGAUCAGUCCUCGAUAACCAAACAUAGUAAUGGGGUGGUCUCACCCAUUCAUCAGACAUCGUCAGAUAAAAUUGCAACCAUUGAUGCCAAUGCUAAAUGUGUGGAGCAGGGAAUAAGCAAUUGUAAUAGCUCCAGUAACAAACUGAAUUGCGACAACAUGAGCCAAGCAUCAAGAUAUCAGCACAGUGAUAAUUUAGUGAACUCACGUUUGGAUGGAGGAUCAUUGGAUAGUGAUGUUAACAGCAAGUGCAGUUCUAGUGGCCGUGGCAAUGUUGGCAGCGUGUGCUCUGUUCUGAGAUUGGCUGGUGAUACAGCAGGUGCCAUAGAAAACGCACCACCAGUUCGGACGGAGGUUGAUCACUCGAGUGUGGAACUUAAGAAGAUAGACGUUGCACGUAUAAAGGAUUUGUUGAUGAAGAGGAAGCGGCGGGUGGAAAUCCGUAAGCAGGAUAUUCCUUCAGAUGACCUAAGUGAAGAAGCCUGGAUCGAGAGAGAGCUUGAAUCAGGGAUUGAGGUUGGACAAAGUAAUGACCAGGUUGCUUUAGAUGGUUUGAGUGCAGAUGAUUGGAUUGAAAGAGAACUUGAAUCUGGUAUUAUAGUUGAGCCAAGACCUGCUGCCAGGAAACGGAAGCUAUAGUCAAGCUGCUGCGAGCUCAUGCGCUGCUGCAUUCAUGGAGUGUUUCGUUGAUCAAGUGAAUAAAUGACCAGGGGAAAUACAUGGGAAAUCAACGCACAUUAAGGAGCGUAGAAUGUCAGAACAGGUAGGAGCUCCAUUGUUGUCCCCUUUCGAUUCAGUUGUAUUAACCAGACACCUCGAGUCCUAUAAACACAAGUGGAUUGUCACGGUCGGAUCUCCUUCCUUUUUUAUAUACAGGAUCACAUCCAUUCUUAUGAUUUUUUGUGUGCCCACUGUAACCUGGGUCAUUCCAAAUGCCCGACGGCCUUAGAUUAUAGGUGUAACUGUAACAGGAAUCAUCAAUUGUUUAGUCCUCAUAGAAACUAAUUUUUUGUGUAACUGUAAUUGUCAAGAAAAGUAAACAAUUCUUUGGUGUAUAUCCUGUAAACUCAAGGUGAACCAAUGCUAAAAUUGGGGUGACAGUAAUUUCCAACUAUAUUUCAUAAUUUCUGGGCAGUUUGUAAACCC